AUGCGCGACUCGGACCCUGCGACUCGGAACGACGGAUCAGUGUCGUCGCAUGACGAUGCGACGCUCACGCAGCCGCGGGGAAGCUCCUCCAAUCCGCAAGCAGCCACUAACGCGUCGCACACGGAGCAAAACGCGGCGCCAAAUUCGACCGUUGCGGAGGAGCUUCCGCCUCCGUCAUUCCACGUGGACGUGGCGAUUGCGGGCGGCGGGCUCGCGGGGCUCGCGCUCGCCGCCGGCCUGCAGGCGCGCGGCAUCGAGGCGGCCGUUUUCGAGGCCGCGCCCGCCGCGGUGCGAUCGAACAACAGCACCGGCACGAUUCUCGGCAUGUUUCCGAACGGCUACAAGGCACUCGAAGGAUUAAAGCCCGGGCUCGGCGACGCUUUGAUUGCGUGCGGAUCACCAAUCGGAAAAACUAAGUUAAGUUACCGAGAUUUUCCGGCGGAUAUAACAGGUUCUGAAUCGGUCAACGCUUCUACCAGCGGACCCGCCACUAACGAUGCUGCUAUGAAAGGAACCAGCGAAAAUCGCGAUGGCUGGUUUGUGAGGGAAUCGGCGCCGCAAGGGCAGACAGUCGUGUGGUGGGCCCGAGCCCAAGAGGUACUUGCCUCGUCUCUAACGCAACCCGAGAGUAUUAUGCAUGGACAUCGUGUCGUGGCGUAUUACCCCGUCGUCGCGGGAAUGCGUGUUGGCAGUAGCCUGCUGGGGGGUGGUGGUGGAUCGGAGAGCGGUGAUGGCGUGGGCGACGGAGAGGUGGAAGCUGUUGAUGUGGUGCUCGAGGUCGCGGGUUCGAAUCCCGAAGCUGACGCAAAUAGUUCCAGCUUUGCUGAUCUGGAAGGAGCUGAAUCUGCGGAUGAGGCGGGUGCGGUGGAACAGCAGCGCGAGCUGGUGGUGGUUCGUGCGAAGAUUCUGGUCGCAGCGGAUGGCGUGCGAUCAGCUGUGCGAAAUCAGAUGAUCGGCGACUCGCCUCGGUAUCUGGAGCAGAUUGCCUGGAACGCGCUUGUGCCAAACCAGCUGAGCGGGGAAGUGUACCAACAAGAAAAUCAAACGGUCAAUACUGUCAGGGAUAAUAUCACGGGUUACCAGCUGUUUUUUAUCCAUGACCACCACGGGGAGACUUAUUGGCAGGUUAGUGCUGCUGACCCUGAUGGCCACCUCAAGACCAAGCUCGAACUAACACCCUUCGGUGGAUUUGGCAAGCCAGGUGUGAAGGGUCGUUUGAUGUGCCACAUUAGCAAGAACAUGGCAGACCCCUCAGCACAUGACACCUGGCAUACCAUGCUCAAGGUGGUUACCAGCACCCACUCCGGUAACAUCUACGAACGGUGGAUGAUGGACCGGCCUCCUCCCAAAGAUACUUGGAGCGACCCCAAGUGUGGUAACAGAGUUGUUCUUAUGGGGGAUGCUGCACAUGCCAUGCACCCUGGUCCAGGCCAAGGAGCUCAGAUUGCCUUCGAGGAUGCACACCAGCUGUGCCUCUGCCUUACUGAAAUUAAGGAUCUGCUCGCCGAACCUGCUGCCGUGGCUGCUGCGGUUCGGGAGUAUGAGGCUCGGCGGAUCGAUCGGUGUGUGAAAGUGCAUGAAUUUGCCACUGCACUGCAUGGGUAUGGUGAGGAGGGGAAACUUCUGAAGGGAGUUUCUCCGCCCGAGAGAAGAACAAGGUAUUUGGAGUUUGAAAAAUGGGUCCGGGCAUAUCCAGACAUGAUGAAAGGCGACCCUGAAUCCACCUACUUCAAAUGA